AUCCGGCCUGCAUGUGGGCAAAUGUAAAACUAACCAAUAAUAUCAUAAAACAUUUUUGUUGUCACAGUAUUUUGUUUCUUAAAAAAUAUGUAAAAAGUGAAAGUACCUUCCUAAAACAAGUGGCCAAAAAGAUAUUUAAAGGAGAUUAUUCUCAAAAAUUCAAUAUGUAUUCUCAAGAUUAUAUUGAUUGGAAACCACUGUAUAAUGCUGUUUAUCAGAAUGAUUUAAAGCUCUUGCUCCGUUUGUUUGACGACAUUUUCCUAGAAGAAAAAAAAGAAAAACAUUCACUAAUGCUUACAGCAGCAGCAAGGGGACACUCUGAAAUUGUUAAUUUUCUUUGCGAGUGCGAUUUCUCUAUCAAUGAAGGAGAUGAUUCGGGUAACACACCUCUGCACCUAGCGAUAAUUAACAAUCAUCCAAGUGUCUUCGACGUAUUAGUAAAAAAAAGUAAUCUGAACGCGACAAAUAGUGAUGGCCUUGCUCCGCUUCAUUUUGCCGCAGGCAACAAUUAUAUUCAAUUCGUAGAAGUUCUUUUGAAAAAUGGUGCAAAAAUUAAUGUUCAAACUAAACACGGAUCUACAUUACUUCAUAUUGCUAUUUUGAAAAAGAACAUCGAAUUGACAGAGAUUCUUUUAAAAAAUAAUGCUGAUUUUAACAUUCUACAAAAUCAAGGCAUAACACCACUUCAUCUUGCCAUAGGAGUAGAGUGCAUCCAAUUAGCAGAGAUUCUUUUACAAAAUGGCGCUGAUGUUAAUGUUCAAGAUGAAAAAAAUCUAUCACCACUUCAUUAUGCCAUUUGUAAAGAACACAUCGAAUUGACAGAGUUUCUUUUAAAAAAUAAUGCUGAUUUUAACAUUCAACAAAAUCAAGGACUAACACCACUUCAUCUUGCCAUAGGAGUAAAGAGCAUUCAAUUAGCAGAGAUUCUUUUACAAAAUGGCGCUGAUGUUAAUGUUCAAGCAAAAAAUAAACAAUCACCACUUUAUCUUGCCAUAGAAAUAAAGAGCAUCCAAUUAGCAGAGAUUCUUUUACAGAAUGGCGCUGAUGUUAAUGUAGUAGAUAAAAAUAAAACAACGCCACUUGCUUUCGCUGCGAUAUUUAAUAACAUUGAACUUGUCGAAUUGCUUUUAAAAAAUGGUGCUACAAUAAGUGAAGAACAGAAGGCAAAUAAAGAAACACACGAAAUUAUGAUGAUGCCUCUUUAUUACGCAGUUAAGAACAGGAAUUACAAAAUGGUCAAAUUACUAAUGAUCAAUGGAUUUAACGCAGUAGAUAUCCAAGGUGAUUUCAGUGAAACUGCCUUGCAUAAGAUAGUAAUAAAGAAUGACUAUGAAAUUUUAAAGUAUAUGGUGGAAAAUGGUUCGAAAAUUAAUGAAAACUCUAAAGCCUGGUUGAAAGAUGAAUGUGAUUUUAAAGUUAAAACAAAAUUUAUUAGUUUUGGGUCUCAAACGAUACUUCAAUUGGCACUUUCUGAAAAAAAUUGGAAAAUUUGGAGAUAUUUAUUAAUAAACAGUUCGAAAAUUGACGCAUCACCAAAUUCAGCUCUUCACUUAGCAGUGCGAGAGGGUCAAACGGAAGUUGUGAAAAAAAUGGUGAAACAAACAGACUUGGAUACAAAUUCGAUUGAUAGCAGAUUGGCCGUUUACAUUGCAGUCGAAAAUGGAAAUGAAGAAAUUUUAAAAAUCCUUCUAGAAGCGGGAUAUUCUUUUAAAACUUGUUUUAGAGAUAGAAGUCCUCUUCACAUUGCAGCAACAUUUAAUCAUACCAGAUUAGUCGAAAUGCUGCUACACGCCGGCGCUGAUUUGAAUACAAUAACAGAUGAAAAUGAGACCUGUUUACAUUUUGCAGCAGCUGCAGGACAACCAACUGUUGUUAAAUUUCUCCUCGAGGCUGGUAUUGAUACUGCUGAAUGUGAAAUGGCUUUAAAAUAUACACUACACAGAGGUGGAUACUUUGAAAAAUUGUGGACCCUUUCUCCUCUGAUGUAUAAAAAUAUCUCAAACAUCGCGGAAAUGUUAUUAAUUGUACAAAUUAGUAAAACUAUUCACCAUUACCAUUUAUGGUCACGUUUAUCAUAUUACGCAAACAAAAUAACAGUUCCUGAACAAAGUAAACAAAAGUCUUUCUUGAGCUUACUACAAACAAAAGAAUUUAUCUUGAACGAAAUCGAAUUUAAAGAAACUAACAAAAUUAGAAAAUAUGGAAAUGAAUUUCUAAUGUGCUUCCUUAAUCACCUGAGUGUUUUUCAAAUUAAACGCUUUUCAGAAGAACUAAUGAUUGAUAUAACAAGAUAUAAUUCUGGUAAAUUUUCUUCAGAAUUGAUGCAUAUUAUUUUUGAAUACAAUGAUUAUAGAAGUUGUUUUUAUAAAAAUGAUAUCAAACCAUUAUUUCAUUCAAAUUUAAAAGAUUCUAACAUUAGUUUACUUAUCAUCGGUCACAUUGAAGCCGAAUACUCCCUUCAUCGUUUUGAUUGGAAAACUUAUUCCACUGAUCUUUUAAAAUUGUUCGCUGCGCGUCUAUUUAUUAUUUCCCGUAAUUCUUACUUUAAGAAUGAUCUGCAAUUUUAUAGGAAACAUAAUCUUGUCGAAUGGCGUGAUGAAUGUGAGCGUGAGGUGAAAUUAAUGGAAGAAACAGAAAUUGACAACGAUUAUCGUGUAACUUUCUACGAAAUUUUAACGAAAUCUGUAAAUAAAGUUGCGAACUACACAAGAAAUGCUGGAUUGAUUCAAAUCGUGGAGUCAUCUUACGUGCGAUUUCCAGCUUAUGCUGAAUUUUUAAAGUUGAGUGUUGAAAAAGGCCAACGAAGAAGAGAACUAAUCGACAAAUGUAUGAAUUCCAUGUUGAAUCUAAUUAAAAAAAAUAAUGGAAUUCAAUUCUCAACUAUGGAAAUUAAUCAAAUUUUCCAUUAUCUUUCAGGAGUAGAUAUGCGACGUUUAUUAGCAGCACUCUCCAAAUCCAACAUGUCCUCUGAAGAUUAUGACGAUUGGGAACGACCUUGUUCAUAUGAAGAAGAUGAAGAUUAUAGUGGUUGUCCAAUCGAUACACCACUGUAUAAUGCUGUUUAUAAUGGAGAUUUAAAAGCCUUUCUUCUUUUAUUUGACGACAUUUCCUUAAAAGAAAGAGAAGAAAAACGUUCACUAUUGCAUACAGCAGCAGCAAGGGGACACUCUGAAAUUGUUAAUUUUCUUUGCGAGUGCGAUUUCUCUAUCAAUGAAGGAGAUGAUUCGGGUAACACACCUCUGCACCUAGCGAUAAUUAACAAUCAUCCAAGUGUGUUCGACAUCCUAGUAAAGAAAAGUAAUUUGAACACGAGAAAUGGUUAUGGUGAUGCUCCGCUUCAUCUUGCCGCAGGCUACAAUUAUAUUCAAUUUGUAGAAAUUCUUUUGAAAAAUGGUGCAAAAAUUAAUAUACAAGGUAUGAACGGAUAUACACCACUUCAUAUUGCUAUUUAUAGAAAGAACAUCGAAUUGACAGAGAUUCUUUUAAAAAAUAAUGCUGAUUUUUACAUUCAACCAUUUCGAGGUUUUACGUUGCUUCAUCUUGCAGUACAUGGAAAUCAUAUACAAUUAGUAGAGAGAUUAUUAAAAAAUGGUGCAAAUAUCAAUUUGCAAUUACUAAAUGGUAUAUCAUCACUUCAUAUUGCAGUUAAAAAUAAAUACGUUCAGUUGACAGAGAUUCUUUUACAAAAUGGCGCUGAUGUUAAUGUUCAAGAUAAAAAUAAGCAAUCACCACUUCAUAUUGCCAUACAACUAGAGUGCAUCCAAUUAGCAGAGUUUCUUUUACAAAAUGGCGCUGAUGUUAAUGUAGUAGAUAUAAAUGAAAGAACGCCACUUGCUUUCGCUGCGAUACAUAAUAACAUUGAUCUUGUCGAAUUGCUUUUAAAAAAUGGUGCUACAAUAAGUGAAGAACAGAAGGCAAAUAAAGAAACACACGAAAUUAUGAUGAUGCCUCUUCGUUACGCAGUUAUGAACAGGAAUUACAAAAUGGUCAAAUUACUAAUGAUCAAUGGAUUUAACGCAAUAGAUGUCCGAAGUAAUUUCGGUUGUCCAACUGCCUUGCAUUUGGCAGUAAGAAACAAUGACUAUGAAAUUUUAAAGUAUAUGGUGGAAAAUGGUUCGAAAAUUAAUGAAAACUCUAAAGCCUGGUUGAAAGAUGAAUGUGAUUUUAAAGUUAAAACAAAAUUUAUUAGUUUUGGGUCUCAAACGAUACUUCAAUUAGCACUUUCUGAAGGAAGUUUAAAAAUUUGGAGAUAUUUAUUAAAAAACAGUUCGAAAAUUGACGCAUCACCAAAUUCAGCUCUUCAUUUAGCAGUGCGAGAGGGUCUAACGGAAGUUGUGAAAAAAAUGGUGAAGCAAAAAGACUUGGAUACAAAUUCGAUUGAUAGCAGAUUGGCCGUUUACAUUGCAGUCGAAAAUGGAAAUGAAGAAAUUUUAAAAAUCCUUCUAGAAGCGGGAUAUUCUUUUAAAACUUGUUUUAGAGAUAGAAGUCCUCUUCACAUUGCAGCAACAUUUAAUCAUACCAGAUUAGUCGAAAUGCUGCUACACGCCGGCGCUGAUUUGAAUACAAUAACAGAUGAAAAUGAGACCUGUUUACAUUUUGCAGCAGCUGCAGGACAACCAACUGUUGUUAAAUUUCUCCUCGAGGCUGGUAUUGAUACUGCUGAAUUUUAUAUGGCUUUAGAAUAUACACUACGCAGAGGUCAAAAAUUGGAAAAGUUGUGGACCCCAUCUUCUUUGAUGUACAAAAAUAUCUCAAACAUCGCGGAAAUGUUGAUUAUUGUAGAAAUUAGUAAAACUAAAGAUCCUUACAAAUUAUGGUCAAGUUUAUCAUAUUUCGCAAAUAAAAUAACAGUUUCUGAGCAAACUAAACAAAAGUCUUCCUUGAGCUCACUACAAACAGAAGAAUUUAUCUUGGACGAAAUCAAAUUUAAAGAAACUGACAAAAUUGGAAAAUAUGGAAAUGAAUUUUUAAUGUGCUUCCUUAAUCACCUGAGUGUUUUUCAAAUUAAUCGCUUUUCAGAAGAACUAAUGAUUGAUAUAACAAGAUAUGAUUCUGGUAAAUUUUGUUCAGAAUUGAUGCAUAUUAUUUUUGAAUACAAUGAUUAUAGAAGUUGUUUUUAUAAAAAUGAUAUCAAACCACUAUUUCAUUCAAAUUUAAAUGAUUCUAACAUUAGUUUACUUAUAAUCGGUCACAUUGAAACCGAAUACUCCCUUCAUCAUGUUGAUUGGAAAAGAAAUCCCACUGAUCUUUUAAAAUUGUUCGCUGCGCGUCUAUUUAUUAUUUCCCGUAAUUCUUACUUUGAGAAUGAUCUGCAAUUUUAUAAGAAACAUAAUCUUGUCGAAUGGCGUGAUGAAUGUGAGCGUGAGGUAAAAUUAAUGGAAGAAACAGAAAUUGACAACGAUUAUCGUGUAACUUUCUACGAAAUUUUAACGCAAUCUGUAAAUAAAGUUGCGAUCUACACAAGAAAUGCUGGAUUGAUUCAAAUCGUGGAGUCAUCUUACGUGCGAUUUCCAGCUUAUGCUGAAUUUUUAAAGUUGAGUGUUGAAAAAGGCAAACGAAGAAGAGAACUAAUCGACAAAUGUAUGAAUUCCAUGUUGAAUCUGAUUGAAAAAAAUAACGGUAUUCAAUUCACAACUAUGGAAAUUAACCAAAUUUUUCAAUACCUUUCAGUAGUAGAUAUGCGACGUUUAUUAGCAGCAUUCUCUUAGGUAACAACUUUUUUAAAAGUAUCCAGUAAGAAGCGAGGCUUUAAAUCAAGAAAUAAAUUUAAAAAGUACGUAAAAUGCACGUAUUCACUUCAUGUGAAUUCUUUUAAAUUUUUCGCUUCUUACUGAAUACGUAAAAUUUAGUUAUUGUAGCCAGUAAAUUCAGUUUCAUAGUUGUCUAAAAUGCCUAUUUGUCUGAUUUUGUUCCUACUGACAUUAGAAUUGUUUAAUCAGUUAAUUAAGAACACUGAAAAAUAAGAAAACAAAUUUAUAUUUUCAUGUGGUAUUUAGAAUAUAAAUUUUAUUCUAUGAAAAAUCGUUUCUUUCUACUUUUGUAAAUUUAAUAAAAAAUAAAAUGUUCUUAUCUCACAAAAUUCUAGAAUC